GAAAGCCCCGAACACAUCUUAAGAAGAGAGGGCUACUUAACAGUUAGCUACUUAACGACUACGUUAAGAUGCAAUUGGCUCUAACGAAAACAUUUGGUCAGAAGCCAGUGAAGUUUCAAUUGGAACAAGAUGGGGACUUUUACAUGGUUGGGUCGGAGGUUGGAAACUAUUUGCGCAUGUUCAGAGGAUCUUUGUAUAAAAGAUACCCAUCUUUAUGGAGAAGGCUGGCCUCAGUGGAGGAGAGGAAAAAAAUUGUAGCAUCAUCACAUGCCACUAGUGUUACUCUACUGAAGGCAUCUGAAUGUGAAGAGAUCUUUGAGGGAAAUGACGAGAAAUACAAGGCAGUGUCCAUCAGCACGGAGCCCCCAGCUUACCUCAGGGAGCAGAAAGCAAAAAGAAGCAGUCAGUGGGUCCCCACAUUGCCCAACAGCUCUCACCAUCUAGAUGCUGUGCCUUGCUCCACCACCAUCAACCGAAACAGAAUUGGACGUGACAAGAAGAGGACCUUUCCCCUGUGUUUUGAUGACCAUGACCCCGCAGUUAUCCAUGAGAAUGCGGCCCAGGUAGAGGCUCUGGUUCCAAUUCGUCUGGACAUGGAGAUAGAAGGACAGAAACUACGAGAUGCCUUCACGUGGAACAUGAAUGAAAAACUGAUGACCCCAGAGAUGUUUGCAGAGAUUUUGUGUGAUGACCUAGACCUGAAUCCUCUGGCCUUUGUUCCUGCCAUUGCCUCAGCCAUUCGCCAGCAGAUUGAGUCCUACCCAGCUGACAGCGUAGUAGAGGAGCAGGCGGACCAGAGAAUCAUCAUUAAGCUGAACAUCCAUGUUGGGAACAUCUCUUUAGUGGACCAGUUUGAGUGGGACAUGUCAGAGAGGGAGAAUUCCCCAGAGUCGUUUGCACUGAAACUGUGCUCUGAGCUGGGUUUGGGAGGAGAGUUUGUCACCACUAUCGCCUACAGCAUUCGAGGUCAACUCAGCUGGCACCAGAGGACCUAUGCCUUCAGUGAGAACCCACUUCCCACUGUGGAGAUCGCGAUCCGCAACACAGGUGAUGCAGAUCAGUGGUGCCCCCUGCUGGAGACACUCACAGAUGCUGAAAUGGAGAAGAAGAUCCGAGACCAAGACAGGAACACAAGGCGUAUGAGAAGACUGGCCAACACUGCUCCAUCCUGGUAGAAAGAGACAUGAAGAAACAGUAGCUGACACUCUAUUGUCUCUUUUUAUUGUCAAUCAAUCAAGUUAAUCACACUCACUCAUAUUGAUUAAGUAUAUGGAUAUUCAUGUAAGCAUGAACACAGAUGUGUUCAGUCUCCAUGGGCGUUUCCAUUGACUGAGCACAACACACACAUCCAUGUAUUCCACUAUUCGAAUAUAAUGGCAGUGACCACAAAUAAAACAAUUUUAUUGUGAAACUGAAGCCAUUCAGAGGAAGUCAGCCUACUAGGUAUCUUUCAAUGUGGCACUGGACACAAUUGCAUUUACACAGCUAAAAGAAUGAGACUACAUGCCCAGACUAACAGCAAAUGUGGUCUGAGUGAUUGGAUCUUAGGUUCCUCCCUAACAUGUCUUCGGCCAUUUCACUUGGAAUUCGAGCUGUCCAUUUAUGACAUCAGAACAGGUCACAGUGACAACAGGGCCACUUCUUAAAUCACAUAAAACAUCCUACAUAUAGGGGCUUUAAUACAUUUUCUGAACCACAUCUGUGAUUAAGCUUCUUCUUCACACUGAUGCUGAUUACCUGACUGAAAUGAGACACAUGUGGCCCUGAUUUGCAAGGCAGUUAACCAGAGAACUGAUUUGUUUUUAGCACGGAGACUGUGUUAUGAUCUUGGUUAGUGGUUAUGAUCAGUCAUGUGUGUCAGUGUCCACCUGCAUGCUAAAACAUAGGUAGCUUGUACACGGCACUGUACCUCAUAUUACAUCACUGUCUGUGAUUUGAGUCUUAAUAUUACAGUGUGCUUCGUAUAUUGUUAAGUAUAGAGCAUAUUUUUAGGAACAUGAUGUAUAUGAUGUAUUAUUGUUAAAUUGCUUACCUUUAUAAUGGACUCAAUUUGUUUGAAAAUAAAGACCAUUUGUUGGGAAAUAU